AUGAGUUCCUCUCCGCUGGUGUCCCGACCCAACAUGGACGUCCUGGACGAGCUUCAGCUGAUCACAGCCCAGAGCCUGGAGAGGCUGGAAGUCAACAAGUACUACGAGGUGAUCAGGGAGCUGGGCAAAGGCACCUAUGGCAAGGUGGACCUGGUCAUCCACAAGAUCAGAGGUACAAAAAUGGCACUGAAGUUCCUGAAGAAGAAAACAACCAAGCUGAAGUCGUUCCUGCGGGAGUACAGCAUCUCCCUCUACCUGUCUCCCUGCCCCUUCAUCAUCAACAUGUUUGGCAUCGUCUUUGAAACCGACGAAUACUACGUGUUCGCACAGGAGUACGCUCUGGCAGGAGACCUCUUUGAUAUCAUUCCUCCACAGGUGGGUCUUCCUGAGGCGGUGGCAAAGCGCUGUGUGCACCAAGUAGCCAUUGCUCUGGACUAUCUGCACUGUAAGAAGCUGGUCCACAGGGACAUCAAACCGGAAAACAUCCUCAUUUUCGACAGAGAGUGCCGCAAGGUCAAGCUGUCUGACUUCGGCAUGACCCGCCGCGCCGGCUCACCUGUGAAAAGAGUGAGCGGCACCAUCCCCUACACGGCCCCCGAACUCUGCGACGUGUCCCGCCACGAGGGUUUCUGCGUGGACUACAGCACCGACGUCUGGGCCUUCGGCGUGCUGCUCUUCUGCAUGCUGACCGGCAACUUCCCCUGGGAGAAGGCGCUGCCCUCUGACUCCUUCUACCAGGAGUUCAUCCGCUGGCAGAGGAGGAGGACGAACACGGUGCCGUCGCAGUGGAGGCGCUUCACCGAGCAGGCCCUCCGCAUGUUCCGCCGGCUGCUCUCCGUGGAGCAGGACCGGCGCUGCUCCGUCAAAGAGGUGUUCAGAUACUUCAGCCACUCCUGGAUGCUGGACGCAGAGAACAACAACAACAACGUGGAGGGCACUAUCUCAUCAUCCUCGUCUGGGGAGGAAGAUGAGGAGCUCCUGGUGGAGAGGAUGAAGCAGCAGACUUUAUCUCCUCUGGGGAACGGCGGCGGGGCCAAGGGCGGGAUGAUGGAACCAGGCGGCGGCCACCAUUUCGUGUCCGUCUCCACCAACAGCUCCGUGUCGUCCACCAACAGUUACGAUCGGAUGCCGCGAGAAAACAGUUCCCCGGGCGGCCGCAUGCUGGUGGCCACGCCCAUAGAGAUCUGCGUCUGAGUCAGAGUCAGAGCGUUAAUGUCACAGACUCACCAGGACACACCUUUUAUA